AUGCAGGGCUACUCAUUUGCGCCCCCAUCAGGGCCUCCGCGAGAAGGCCAGAAAAACUAUGUAUUUGUGGAUGAACAUAAUCGGCAUAAAAGACUGAAAGGGCAAGAUGGGGACUUGAUCCCUGAGGGUCAAGGCAUUGAGCCCUCUCCAGAUCCUGGUGGUCCCUCCAGUGCCCCCGAGAGCUCUCAUGCGUUUCCAGUACCCCCGGCCUACAAUGAAAACCCCCAGACAACACUGGGAACCAUGCCCUCAUAUGAUGGGAUGGGAAUGUACUCCCAACUUGCCUCUGCGCCCCAAAGUCAACCGGGGAUAUACCCUGAUAUGCGACCGCCUCCAAUGAACCUGUCCCACCCAACCUUUCAACAACCGAUUUUUUCGGGAACACAAGCGCCGCCGCUUGAGACAACCGAACGAGCCACGUUUGUGGACAGUGAACCGUCUACUGCCGAAGACCUCAGUGAUGUUCUUGGGGAGCUAAAAAUUGACGAGACCGGCAUUGCUCCAUACAUUAGGAGACAAAGAAAAGAUCGUAUUGAGGCCGACGCUCCCGUUCAAGAAGAUAUCGAGGAAAAGCUUCCGCCCCUGAGUACCGGGGCGGGCGCGCUGAUCCGAAUCCCUCCCGAACUCAUGCCCGAAGACGACGAUGUGAUGACUUAUUUCAAGAUUUACUUUGAUGAGAUACACCCCUAUCUACCUGUCAUACCCCGAGCCCAUCUGUAUUACCAAUGGCACCAUGAUCGCCGUUCCAUCUCCCCUCUUCUUCUUGAAGCUCUCUUUGCGUGCGCGGGACGAUUAUCUGAUGAACCUUCCGAGGGAGCCCAGUGGCUUGCUCUGGCGAACAGACACGAAACUAGCUUCAUGGAUGUACCGCGCCUGAGCACCAUUCAAGCGCUACUUCUUUUACUGAAGGCCAGAGAGUCCUUACCCAAGAAAGGAUACUAUUAUCGGUCCUGGCAGACGGUCAAGACCAUUGUAUCCAUGGCCAAGGACUUGGACAUUCAUGAACAUUACAGUAUCCAUGCCGAGCAGAGAAGCUGUGAUUUGAAUCCCGUUGAAUGCUUGGUGCACACCCGAGUGUGGCAGGCUCUCUUGGUCAUUGAAGUAAUGAUCGGAGCACCCCAGGGCCGCUCCGAUUAUGGGGUUGAUCUCGACACCGUGGACAUGCGUCCGACACUUGAUGUUCAGGGUCUUGACCAUUAUGAGGCCGAUCGCUCAAGACAAUAUGCCUACUUUGUUCGCAACGCUCGUCAUAUCCGCAUCAUCACGGAUAUCUAUCACAAAGUCAAGAAGCAAAAAGACUGGGGAGCAGAUGCCCGCUUCGUGCAGACCAACCCACUCUUCGCAGAAUGGCUCCGUAGUCUUCCGCCGGAUUUACAAGUCGUUUACCCGGCUGAUGGCUCACCCCCGUGGCUUCCGUCUCAUUUUGUGGGCAACAUGCAUUCUCAUUGCCACCUCGCCAUUAUCCUACUGCAUCGCCCACAGCUUCUGGCUUCUCGGUCCUUUGCGGCCGGAGGGGAGUGGAAAGUUCAUAUGUCGCUCAGUUACGCCUCCGCGAAAAACCUUUGCCGGUUGCAGGAGGCUAUCUUGCAUAGAUUUGGGCUUUCCGGUCUCCUGUAUAUGCAACGAGGGAUCAACUUCGCCAUCUACUGCAUCCUCACCUGCACCAUGUUGCAUCUGGUGGCUAUCACCUCCCCCGACCCAGAAUUCAAUUCUGACGCCCGUGAAUACUUCACCCGCCACAUGCGGAUCCUGGAGCGAUGCUCGUCUGCGUGGCCCAUGCCGGAGAUUCAGGCACAGAUUGAUUCCUUACGGCUGGCCUUCUCGGCAGACACGAGCCACCCGUUCGAGUUGAGGCCAAGUUUCCCAUACGGAAGCCCCUCGGAACCCUAUCAGCCCAGUCCUCCGAUGGACUCGCAUUAUCAUCCACACCUGAAUCAAAUGUCGAGCAAUGUCCAAUCCAGAGUGGGUUUCAACACGCAUCCAAUCACCCCUCCGAUUUCCGCAGGUGCUGAAGACUCUAAGUCGGAUACAUCCUCUCAGUUCCAACCCCUAGGAAUGGUACCCCAUCAGCCUCCUACCACCCACCCCCUGGACGCCCCGUUGGUUGAUGAGAGCAGUUGGGAUCCGACUCGCAUCAUCAAUCAAUGGGACAUGGCUUUCUCCGUUAAUCCCUCUACCGUCAGCACUAACUCUCCACCGAUGCCUAUCAGCAAUUCCACACCAGGCAUGCCGAACCUGGUGAAUCACCAAUACCCUAUCCAAUAUGAGUCCCCCGCGAAGGUGACAUCGGUUCCGGCCCAAUCCCUCUCUCCGCCGCAAUUUCACACGCCUCCAGUGGUCAUUACGGCACGGGACUGGCAACAAAGCGUUGCUAGCGUGUAUGAUCCACAGGGCUUGAAGCGGCGAUGGAAUUACUCGGUUGAUUUGGGCUCCGACAACAUGGCCAAACGACAACGUGGAUGA